UCGGAUAACCGGAGGCCACCUCUGUCUGUGGGGCCGUAGAGACACGGGGGGCGACGCAGUAUCGAGGCGGUGAGCCCGCAGUUCCGCGCGGAGAUGCUGAAUAUGUGGAAAGUCAGAGAGCUGGUGGACAAAGCCACCAAUGUGGUGAUGAACUAUUCAGAGAUUGAGUCCAAGGUGAGAGAAGCCACUAAUGACGACCCCUGGGGACCCUCUGGACAACUAAUGGGAGAAAUAGCCAAAUCUACCUUCAUGUACGAGCAGUUCCCGGAGGUGAUGAACAUGUUAUGGACAAGGAUGCUGAAAGACAACAAGAAGAACUGGAGACGAGUGUACAAGGCAUUACUGCUGCUGGCCUACCUGAUUAGGAAUGGGUCGGAAAGAGUCGUAACCAGUGCCAGAGAACACAUUUACGACCUGCGAUCUCUAGAAAACUACCACCUCAUCGAUGAGAAUGGUAAAGAUCAGGGCAUCAAUGUUCGUCAGAAGGUGAAGGAGAUGGUGGAGUUCAUCCAGGAUGAUGACAGACUGAGAGAGGAGAGGAAGAAAGCCAAGAAGAACAAAGACAAAUACAUCGGAGUCUCUUCUGACAGUAUGGGAGGAGGAGGAGGAGGAGGAGUAAACUCUAAUGAGCUGGAUCGGAGUAAGUGGGAUGAGGACUGGGAUAAGAGCAGAGGAGCUUUCCCCUUUAGCGAGAAGCUCGGAGAGAUCAGUGACAAAAUAGGCAGCACCAUCGACGACACACUCAACAAGUUCAGGAAGAAGGAACGAGACGACUCCCCCGACAGGAUCAGUGACAAUGAGGAGGACCGAGCGUCAAGAAACGGUAGACAGGACACUCUUGAGUUCAAAGAUGAGGAGGAAACUGUCACGACAAAGAGCAUCCAGAUCACACAAGCGACAGAAACCACAACCACCACCACACGGAAACGCAGCGGAGCGACAAGCAACAAGACUCUGGACCUGGGUGCUGCUGCCCACUACACUGGAGACGGGAGCCCUGAGGAGAAGUCUUCAGUCAGGCAGUCCUCCAGUAGCGGUUUAGCUGACCUGUUGGUGAUCGACCCCUCAGCCAAUCAGAGCACUGCGACAGGUGGUAAUCCAGACCUCAUUGGUGGCUUUGCUGACUUCUCCUCUCCUGCGGCCUCUGCCAGCCUGCCAACCUCCACCGCUGCUGCAUCAUCCAAUGGAAAUGGAGAAUUUGGAGACUGGAACGCCUUCUCAAAUCCACCUGCUUCAUCUAGCUCUGGUCCCUCGCAGCCCACCACAGACCUCUUUGGCAGCGCCCCAUCACCUUCAGCUCCAGCGUCUAAUCCUGCUUCCAUCCCACCUUCUGCUGAGCUCUUUGACCUGAUGGGUGGGGUCAACCAUCAACUAACCAAUCCGCAUACAACACUGAGUGCCUCUCAGAGUAUGACUUUCUCCCUGGGAGGAGCGACGCCAGGAGCACCUGUUGCUAUGACCACCAUGCCCCUUUCUCGCUCUCAACAGAGUUUGGGAGGCAUGACGUCUCAGCAGCCCAUAGGACAACAGCAGAAGGUCGGAGGUCAGGGAUCAUUAGGGUCGACAUGGUCCGACCCCUCUGUCAACAUCAGCCUGGACUUCCUAUCAGCAGGCCUCAACCCCACCAAGUCACCACCCACACUCAACAAUAUCAUCCAGCAACAAGGAGUGCCUCCCGUCAACUUGUUGGCCCAGAACUUCGGAGGACUGAACCUCAGCUCCCCGCCCCAUGUGACACCCAUCAGACCACCAGCCAAUCCCAUGAUGGCUGGUAAUACCAUGAUGAUGGGCAUGCCUACGUCAGUGGCAACUGGCAUGCCGGCUUCAAUGACAACGGGUAUGCCACCUUCGAUGACCACAGGGACCAUGGGAAUGGGGGGACUUCCUGUAAACCAAGGCAUGAUGGGAAUGAACAUGAGCAUGAAUAUGGGCAUGGCAGCUCCCGUGAUGAUGGGUGGUAUGACUGGCAUGGGAGUGCCAGGAGUUGGUAUGGGCCUCACACACUCCAUCACUCCAGCUGUUGGUCAGCCCAAACAAGAUGCCUUCGCUAACUUUGGCAAUUUUGGGAAAUGAAGGAGUGCAAAUAAUCGUGUGAGUGUGAGUGUGCAUGACUGAAGUUUGGAGAAGGUGAAUCACAGAAGGACUGCUGUACUUGAAGACAACUUUGCAUGAAUCUUCUCUCUCUGCUUCUGCUCUUUUUGGCGAGCCAGUGAUCGUUCACCAUCUCGGUCUGUUGACGUGAUUUGGAGGCAGGGGAGAGCGCCCACUGGUACCCCUUACCCAGUGGUCACUUGAUGUGUGAAAUGAUGUCACACAGAGGGCACCCAAUGAGCAGAGAAGGUGCCAACCCACAGCCUUGAGUCAUUACUUUCCUGCGAUGAAAGAAUUUUGUUCUUUACCUGUUUUAUAUAUGAACUUCCAUACAUCCCCCCUUCGUUACAAAAAGUCUGUUAUGACACCGAGUUAAAAAUCAGUAAACUUGACUCAAAUCAAAAUGGCAUAGCUGCCUUAAUUUUGCAUUGCAGCAUGAUAUAUGUUUUAUAUCAUUUCAGUGAAAUUAAGUCGCAGAAGUUAAGCCAUUACAUUAUUCCCAGGGAGUGACUCUAUUACUUUAUCUCGCUUUUUGUGCAAACAUUUAAACAGUUACAGUAUCAGGAGUAUACAGAAUACAUUCUCCACUCCUCCAACAGAGUGCAGGAUGGGUAUAUAUGGUCAUAAUUAUUCCUCUUGAGCCAUAUUAGGGUAGAUGGAAUUGCAUAUUACAAGCUUUUUCUCUUUGUCUCCCCUCUCCUCUCUUUUCAUCGGGCUUGUAGCGGUUUAUACUAGACGGAUGCACAGUAAGACACCGAAGGGUUUGUAGAUAUGUGAAAGACAACAUGAGUGAAGCCUUGAACUUCUCAGGACAAUUGUCCCUAAAAUACUGUUUGGCUCCUUGUGUUAUGUCACUUUUUAGAUUCCUCUGUCAGAUUAAUGCCUGAUGAAAGGGUCAGUCAGUAUUGUACUCAGAAUACUAUUCACUGAUAUUUUCCUCUCUCAGAUCUAUUCUACUUUCGCAUACAGACACAGUUUACUGAAUAGCAUUACAGAAUAAUGUUUUUGAAGCUCCAAGCUAUCACUGGCAGGACACUGGCUGUGGGAAAAGAGGGGAAACAAUCACUUAUCUACAAGAUUUAACAUCACAAUCUUUGAAAUUUCUUCCGUUUUUAAAGCAUUGCCACAUAGCAGAAUUUGGGGCACAAGCCAGCAAUGCUCCUUUUAAUCACAGAGUAUUAGUUUGCAGCAAACAUUUUUCAUCUUGCAGCUAACUUAAUGAUCUGCUGGUGUAAAGGAUGCAGGUCUACACCUCACAAACUGUGGAUCAGAAAAUGACUACCGCCACAUUCAACAUGGAUCAGAUAAGUUGGAGGAAUUGAGUUGAGUUUUAAUAAAUGAUUUCUCUGGCUAGUUUAGACAAAUCGAAGGGGUUUGAGGGUCUUGAGUGAAGUGAAAAAUGAGUGAAUGAGUGUGUGUGACUUUGUGUAUGGAUAGUUUUCUUUGUUUGAUGUGCAAACACAGCUAAGCAGAGCCUUUUGUCAUUUUCUGAGGCAAUGCACUCCAAAUGACCAAAUCUUUAUUUUGUUAUUCUCAAAAAAGAUGAUUCCAUAGCUGUUAGUUUAAUAUUUUAUUAGUUCACUUGUAAGGUUAUGUUCAUAUGGGAGAGCUACUAAUAACAUUGUUUAGUUCAGAGGAAUCAUGUUUUUGUUUCUUUUUCAGUACAGCUAAUUUCAUUUGAUUGUACUCUCUAUUUUCUGUACUUCAU